AUGCAAGAAAGGAUCCGUGGCUGCGUAUCCCAUUUAGUACAAGAAGCGUACCGCGAUUACAGAUGGGACAAUCUGCACAAUGUGCAUCAACUUCGACAUGUAAGAUUAACGAAUGACACCAUCUUCAACAUGGGAUACAUCAGACGCAGCAACACCCAAGACACGUCUCACGCAAAAAUGAAAUCUAUGGAAUUGCAAGCAAUUAAAUUGACGCGAAAGCUACUGUGCGAAAAAGUCUAUGGUUCAUACAACACCUCAGCAUCAUCAGAUCUGCAGUCGUGUGAUCAUACGGAUAACCGUAAAUAG